GCUGCCCCAGAGGUUACUGUGCCGGUGGCGGGGAAUACCGCCGAUGAGUGGCGUGAGUUGGACGAGCCCGACGCUGCCAGCGCUCCCCGUGCUGAAGCAGAGGCGGUGGCGCCCACAUCGGCAGACGCUGCCCCAGAGGUUACUGUGCCGGUGGCGGGGAAUACCGCUGACCAGAGGCGUGAGUUGGACGAGCCCGACGCUGCCAGCGCUCCCCGUGCUGAAGCAGAGGCGGUGGCGCCCCCCUCGGCAGAGGCUGCCCCAGAGGUUACUGUGCCGGUGGCGAAGGAUGCCGCUGACCAGUGGCCUGAGUUGGACGAGCCCGACGCUGCCAGCGCUCCCCGUGCUGAAGCAGAGGCGGUGGCGCCCCCCUCGGCAGAGGCUGCCCCAGAGGUUACUGUGCCGGUGGCGAAGAAUACCGCUGACCAGUGGCGUGAGUUGGACGNGUGCUGA